AUGUUGAUUCUCUUUGCGCCUCCGGGUGCGUUGCCUCCGGAGGGCGGGAUGGUUUCGAUCGUGCGGGCGACCGACGGCGUUGAAGGGAUUCCAGCCGGGUUUCCCAUUUUACUCGACGCGCAGAUGUCGAUCAUCGAGCCGGCUUUCAGCUAUUUGCUCGAGCUCGCCACGAUCCCCGGCCGUUCGCAUGCGACGGAGACGCUGCGGACCUACAGCGAGCACCUGCAUGACUGGUUCGACAGCUUGGAGCAGAGCGGCCUCGACUGGCGGCUUGCCGACGAAGGAACGAUUGCUGG